GGAAUUCUGUUUAGGCUAAACGGAAUCGACAGCUUUUACGCCAACAUUUGGCUGCUGGUGUGAAUUGAUUUUUCUACCACCGAUCGCCUGAUCAGACGCUUUUUUUUAGCCACCACGGCUCAGCAGAGGGUGUUAGCUCUUUCACCGGGCACCAAACUGGAAAGGAUCACAGUCGCUUAGCACAUCCCCGAUGUAGAGAGAGAGAGAGAGAAAGGCGGCAAAGAGGUGGCGGAAUAUGCAGAGAUUGCAGAAUUUCUCUCUCUCCGGCACCUUGUGCUUCACCCGGCGGAUGGUAUCAGAAUCCAAAUGCAACUGAGUGAAUCUGGAUUAUAUAUCUAUCGCCUGCGGGAAACGGCGGCAACGAAACCGGGGAACAGUGUAAUGGAUUGCAAAGCCUGAUUAUGCACUUGCUUAUUGUUUGCAGUUUUUCUAAUGCCUCUCUGUUUAGACAAGUACCAGGGCUGUGCAUAGUCUUGCGUUCCUGCUUGGGGUACGUAUCCACACUCCGCUAUCCGGAUUGACAAACAACUCCUAUACUUUCCGGGCUCGGAUCCUCUUUGUUUAAUAUUUAUACAUGUAAUUUAAAACAAACAAACAACAACGCUGAAACUAUUUGUUUUUUUUCAUUUAUGUGUGUUUUAAAAAAUAAUUCGGCUGAGGCAGUUCAUGGCAUGAGAUGGGAGGCAGAUGCUACUGUUUGAAAAUGCUGCCGUGGUUUGUGUUGGUGCAAAUCAUUCUGGGGUUUGCUUGGGGCAAUACGACUACGGACCUUUGCGAGAGGAUGUGCUCUUGCAUCGAGGUGGAGGGAGUCCUGCACAUCGACUGCGAGAGAAGAGGCAUCUCCGACCUGCAGCAUUACAGCGCGCCUACCUCCCGCUUCUACCAACUCUUCCUGCAUGGCAAUUCUCUGUCCAAACUCUUCCCCAACGAGUUCGCCAACUUUUACAACGCGGUCACUCUGCACCUGGAGAACAACGGCCUGCACGACAUCAUCCCGGGAGCUUUCCUGGGGCUGCAACUGGUGAAGAGGCUUCACAUCAAUAACAAUAAGAUCAAAGGUUUCAGGAGGCACACCUUCCUGGGGCUGGAUGAUUUGGAGUACCUGCAGGCGGACUUCAACCUGCUGCGGGACAUCGACCCCGGGGCUUUUAGGGACCUCAACGAGCUCGAGGUCCUGAUUUUGAAUGACAACCUCAUCACCUCACUCCCGGCUGACCUGUUCCAAAAUGUGCCCAUCACACAUCUGGAUCUGCGGGGAAACAGGCUCAAGACGCUGCCCUACGAAGGGAUUUUAGAACUCAUCCCCGGGGUUGCUGAGAUUCUGCUGGAGGACAACCCCUGGGACUGUACGUGCAGUCUCCUGCCCCUGAAAGAAUGGCUAGAGCACAUCUCACAUUCGGCUUUGAUUGGAAGAGUAGUUUGCGAGGCACCCCUGCGAUUGCAAGGAAACGACCUGAAUGAGACAUCCGAGUUCGAUCUCUGCCCCUCGCAGAAUGAAAAUGAUUUAAGUCUUGCUGCUCCUCCUGCUCAGUGGCCUUCAGGGCUGCCUCCAACUCCUGCCAUUCAGCAUCCAAGGCCACCAACUUCGGCAUCAGUGCAUAAAGGAGUAUCAAAGCCACGUGGAAACUGGCAACUGAGGACAAGACCUUCAGCCAAUGCUGUUGGGCCCAAUGGCAGUAGCAAUCCCCUUUUAUUAACUGGAUGCCCAACAGCUUGUAGCUGUUCUAUCACUAGCCCCGAAUCAGGUUUUGAGGUUAACUGCAGGGGCAGCAAACUGGAGAGUGCAGCAGAUCUCCAGCCCAAACCACUUAAAGCGCAGGAACUCUUCCUCAGACAGAACAAUAUAGGAAUCAUAAAGAAGACUCAUUUCCUGGACUACAGCAGUUUGACUUUGUUGGAUUUGGGAAAUAAUGCCAUUAAGUUAAUAGAAAACAACACUUUUUGUAAUCUCACCAAUUUGCGUUGGCUGUAUCUGGAUAAUAAUAACUUAGAAACUCUGAGCCCUGAUAUGUUUGCAGGGCUUCAAAAUACAGAGUACCUAAACUUGGAGUUCAAUUUAAUUCAGUUAAUCCUACCAGGCACAUUUAAUUGGAUGCCAAAUCUGAGAGAAUUGUUUUUGCAUAACAAUUUAUUGAAAUCUUUGCCUGUAGAUGUGUUUUCUUCCAUCUCCCUCUCCAAGCUAAGUCUACAUACCAAUUAUUUCAUGUAUCUCCCAGUUACUGGUGUUUUGGAUCAAUUAACUUCUGUUGUGCAAAUUGACCUUCAUGGAAAUCCAUGGGAUUGUUCCUGUAACAUCAUCGCUUUCAAACAAUGGGUUGAGAGGAUGGGCACUGAUGUCGUUGUAAGCGAAUUAAAAUGUGCAUCUCCAGAAGAAUUUUGGGACAGAGAUUUUAAGUCGAUAAGCAAUGAACUGAUGUGCCCGGAGUUAUAUGCAAAAAUCCAUCUAACGUUUUCCUCAUCCAGUAACAUUACCAUAUCAACAGAGACAGGGACUCAUGUGAAUCCAUACUUGGAGACCAGCAGAGUUUCUAUUUCAGUGCUGGUGCCAGGCCUUUUACUUGUCUUUGUUACAUCUGCCUUUACAGUUGUGGGCAUGCUGGUGUUUAUCUUGAGAAAUCGUAAGAGAUCAAGAAAAAGGGAUACCAACUCCUCUGCUUCAGAAAUUAACUCCUUGCAAACAGUAUGUGAUUCUUACUGGCACAAUGGGCCUUACCACGCAGAGGGACCUCAUAGAGUAUACGAUUGUGUUGCACACACCCUUUCAGACUAGGCGUCAUGAAAUGAAAUACUGAAAGUAUAGAGUGUGAUUUAAAGCAGCACAUUUAUCUGGAAGUGAGGUUCUGACAUUGAAGAUUACAGGCUCCUGAUGUAAAUAAUGUUACCAUAGGCUUCUGCUAAAAAAAAUCUGCAACAGAAUGUUGAACUCAGCUUUCUAAUGAACAAUAAAUAGCAGACAUAUUACAAAAGUGCAUAUAACUUUUAGAACUAACCAUUUUUCUCCUGCUGUGAAACAUACGUGUAUUUUGGAAGUAAGCACAGGAAUAAUGCUGUUGCUUUCCAGUGCUCUUUUCAUGUUGAUAUUCCGAUGUAUAUGACAAAUUAAGCAGUUAUGUAAAAAAUUAUAAAGAAAAUUUGUUGUCAUUUGGAGAUAUGGGAGAAUUGUAAAGAGAAUACACAGAAUGGGGGGGAGGGAGCAGUAGAUUACAGCAGUUAGCUUUCACAGUUGUAAAGUUGCACGAACGCAUGAAUGUAUUGUACAGAACUGUCUAAUUAGAAACAAGUGAUGCAUGUCAUGCAUGAACUCAACACCACGGGGAUACACUACAUAGCUGAAAGAAAUAGCUAUUACUAUGCUCCAUUCAUGAGGACUAAUUAUAUUCUAUGAAGUCAUGUAUCCGGUAUUGAUCACAGUGACCUUCCCCUGUUUAUUUUUGCGGUGAUUAUAAUUGUGCAGUUUGUGCUAUUAUUGCUUAGAUAAGGUGUAAGCUGCAAGUUCAUCUUGUUUUAGGCCAUAUUUGUUCAUGCAUGAUUAAUAAUUAUUUAAUUUAUAUUAUGAAUUUUUCCAUGUUUUGGGUGUUAUUUUAUAUUUGCUAAUGCCUAUUCCCAUCUAAAUUUUAGUGUAGUUACUAUGUUUUGUACCGUGGUAAUGAAAUUCAAAUGGCCAAUGGAAUAUUCUUUUUUUUAAACUUGGGAAUAAAUAUAUAAAGUACACUUAAGCAUGACCAAUUAAUGUCAUUCUAUUGCUCAGGCUGCUUCAGUGAUACAAUGUAAACUACUUUAUUCAAGUCAUCAUUUUGUCACAUAAUAAAAUGAAAAAUGCUAUGGAGGUGGCACUUAGAGGACACUUAAUAGGAUUAUUUUAGAGUUUUAUAAUGGCAAUUUUUUUCAACAUUAAAAUGACUGGUUUAAUCUGAAGACUCAUUUAGUUAUUUAGUCCUCAUCGAAGCAUAAUUCCCAGCUGCAUGAAGAGCUUUGCUCACACUUAUCCAUGGUGUUAAAUAUUUAUAAAUCACCAUCUCAUUUGUUUUGCAGCUGUUUAAACUUUGGAAGACCCUGAAAUAUUCCAAAAUGCUCUGAAGUGACCAUGGUAUUUUUCCGUGACAGCCACAAUCAGUGAUACCCAUAGCUGACUGCUAGGCUUUACUUGGGUUCAGAAGUAAUCAUCAUUUAGUUUUGAAUUGAUCUGUGAACUACAGUGUCACUUAAAUGGUCAGCACAUUGGACUGAUAGUGCAAAGUGCUGGCAGCCUGGCAACGGAUACUUUCCUAAUGGAAUCUAUUGGCAGUAAAUGGUUCCUCAGCUCAUAAAAUACCUUCUUUGUUCAAAAAAAAGAGUGUUGUUGCAAUCCUCGGAAUUUAUAAACAAGCAGGCUUGAAUCCUGUCCUAUGUGAAGCAGGAGGUCGUUUGCUACAUACAGGGUUGGUGUCGGGGGAGGGGGAGGAGGGAGAGUGUGUGGAGGAGGGUUGGUUUAUGUGGAGGACUGGUGUAUGUGGAGGAAGGGGUGAUAUUUGUGGAGAGUAGGUAAUAUGAGGGUGUAUGUUCAUGUGGAAGAGGGGUAGUGUAUGUGGAGGAGGGUGGUUUCUGUAGGGAUUGAUGGGAUUGUUCUAGGAUGGUUUUAUUUCCUGUGCUUUUGACAAGCCAGUUAAGCGUACAUCUGACGACCUUCAAUCAAUAAAAUGUAAAACAAGUAAAAAAUGUUACUGAUGCAGCAUUAUGGUUUCAAGUACUAAUAACUGUACAUACAGUGUGAAAAUUAAUGUGUAAAGGUUUAACAGAUUUGUAUAAAAUUCCCUUCUCUGCUAUUUUAAUACCUAUUGUAAUGCUUUGAUGUCA